AUGACACGAGACAAUCAGCUCUCUAUCGACCAUCACCAUGGCAAGUACCUGUGUCAUUCCUGUGAUCGAACAUUUUCUACUCUCAUUGGGGCCAUAAACCAUUGUCAGUUCGCCGCCAUCCAUACUGGCGAAUGGUGUCAACGAUGUGAAUGGCUUUUCAUCUCCCCUGUGGCACGGGAGUCCCAUGAAGAGAAUUCUUCUCUCGUCACAACAUAUGUGGUCGUUGCUGCCUCGACUUCCCUACUUUUGAUCAAUUCGCGGACCACAAUGUCGACGUCCAUCAUCAAUGCACGGACUGCGGGCGAGAAUUCAUCAAUGUCAACGAUCUUGAACAGCACAAACGAGUUCAUUUGCCGCAAGACAUAGAGUGUCUCGGUUGCUACCGCGAGUUCUCCGAGUUCGCAGCCAUGGUAUUGCAUCUUGAGUCGGGAAACUGCCAAUGUGGAGUGGACAAGGAUGAUAUCGACAACUAUGUCUUCGACGACUUCAAUUGCCAGGAAUACGUCAACGAAUGGAUGGAUUACUACCGGUUUCGAUGUCCCACCUGCGGCGACAACUUCAAAUUCGCGAGCGGAUUGUUGCAGCACGCGGCAACUGACAGAUGCCUUCAGAGUCUCGAUCAGAUCAUCGUUGACUUGAAGUGCUGCAUUGGACGGCGCAUGUAG